AUGGGUAGACGAAAGUCGGGGAACAAGCCCCAAGCGUCAACGACGCCAGCUCUGCCAUCAAUCUUAUCCACCCCCUGGACUUUCCUUCAGCCCACCGACGACCUACACACCCUCAUUGCGGACUCCACCAAACAGAUCCUCGACCCGCUCGCUGCCUCUGUCAUAGAGGAGCAAUCCCUUCGUCGCCAAGCCAACAAAAAGCGCAAACGAUCCGAUGACGACGACGCACUCCCUCCACUUCAACUGAAGAAUCUGUAUGUGGAUGGGUUCACUUCCAACCAAGUCUGGGAACAGGCGACAAGGAUUCUCGAAGCCGCUGGGAGUGAGAUCGAAAGAGAUGUCAACUUGAUGAUCCAACAUGACGAACAACUUUCAAGCGAAGAUGAUUCAGAUUCGCUGGAUGCCUCUGAUCUCGAGGGUCUGGAGUCUGGAAGUGACGACGAUGAUAUGUCAAACGACGACUUGGAGGACGGAAGCGUUGAUGUCGAUGGAAUGAAAGAACUGGAGGAUAGCGAGCUGGAUGAAGACGAGCCAGAAGAUGUUGAGGCCAUGGACGAAGAUCUGGACGAAGACAUUGAAGAUAUUGAAGACAUUGAAAAAGACGACGACGAGGAAGCAUCUCAAGCGUCCGAAGAGGACCCGGGAGUCUACGUUGAAGACCGCUUCGGACUGAACGAUGGAUUCUUUUCUAUCGAUGAUUUCAAUAAACAGACCGAGGCGUGGGAGAGAGAAGACGCCAAUGGUAACAAUGUCGAUGAUGACAGUGACGACGAUCUUGACUGGCACGCAAACCCAUUGUCAGCUGGAGCUGCCAAAUCCGACACUAAGAAAGAUCGAUCCAGCAAGACAAAGGAAACAAAGGAAGAAAGUGAUGACAUGGAGAUCGACGAUAGCGAAGAGGAAGGACCAACCUUUGGAGACGCCGAUUUAUACGGAGACUCUGACUCUGACGAAGGUGCUGCCGACGAAGAUGAGGAAGAAGGCCCCGCCUGGCAAGACACAAGUGAUAUCAAGUACGCCGACUUUUUCGCACCUCCACCACGCAAAGCUUCAUCCAAGAACAAAUUCCGCCCUCUUCCCAAAACACAAGCCCCAGAGCCCAUUGAAGAUGACGAUGUUGAUCGCGCCAUGGCUGAUGUCCGACGUGAUAUAUUCGACGACGAGUCCGAUAUUGAAGCGGAAGAAGACGUAGAUGAGACUGGCAACGCACAAGGCCCUAAAUCAUCACAUGAAAAAGAGCGAGCCCGCAUUGCGGACGAAAUCCGUAAACUGGAAAACGCAAAUGUCGCGAAGAAGGAAUGGAUGCUUACCGGAGAGGCGCGUGCAGUCGAAAGACCAAUCAACUCCCUCAUCGAAGAGGACAUGGACUUUGAGAGAAUUGGCAAGCCCGUCCCUGUCGUGACAAACGAGACAAGCGAAGAUAUCGAAGAGCUGAUAAAACGCCGUAUUCUCGCACAAGAGUUUGAUGAAGUCAUCCGCCGUCGCCCCGGAGCUGUCGAUACCAAGGGCCCCCGAAGCAGCCGAUUCGAAUUGGAAGAUACCAAGCCGCAACAGAGUCUGGCUGAGAUGUACGAGGCUGACCAUCUCCGCGCUAAUGAUCCAAACUAUGUCGAUACCAAAGACAAGAAGUUGGCGCGGGACCACGCUGAGGUCAAUAAUCUCUGGAAGGAAAUUAGUUCUUCACUUGAUACUCUCUCUAACUGGCACUACAAGCCUCAAGCGCCACAGGCUAACAUCAAUGUUGUCACUGAUGCGCCAACUAUUAUGAUGGAAGAUGCACGCCCCACAGCUGGCAGUGCCGCUGAUGGACCAUCCGCACUCGCGCCCCAAGAGGUUUAUGCUCCUGGUGAUGAUGGCAAGGUUGCCGGUGAGGUGGUGCGCAAGAGCGGUGCCGCUGUUUCUAAGGAGGAGAUGAGUCGUGAAGAGAAGGCUCGCUCCCGACGACAGAGGAAGAAGCAGGGCGCGAACUCUGAGGCUACCGUCAAGAAGGGCAAGGCUGGUGAGAAGCAGCAACUUGUUUCGGAUCUGAAGAAGGGUGGUGUCAGGCUUGUCAACAAGGAGGGCAAGGUCACUGAUAUGGAAGGUGCCAGGGUUGGCGAAGCUACGAAGAACAGCGGAGAUUUCUUGAAGCUGUAA